AUCCGAACCUCCUUUCUCCUCGUCACCCACCAUUAUAUUCUUAAACAAAACCAACAAAUAUUCUGAAUUUAUAAUCGGGAUCAUGUGUUGCAGCCAUGGAUUUAUCUCAAGAAUCCCUACCACACCCCCACCUCUCGUUUCCCGACAACCCCACUUCUCGAUUCCAUCCACAGUUCGUUUACCUCUAACCACUCGUACUACGAAAUCUUUCAGAAGCAAAUCGGCGGCGGCGGCCGCCGCCGCCGUUAAAGAUGGCAGUGGAUCUGUAUCGGACACAGUCAUGGAAGAUCUGAGCUUUUACCAGCUUCUAGGUAUCCCGGAAACGGUGACUUCUGUGGAGAUCAAACAAGCGUAUAAACAGUUAGCCAGGAAGUAUCAUCCCGACGUGUCUCCGCCGGGCAGGGCGGAGGAGUAUACUCAGAGGUUUAUUCGGGUUCAGGAAGCAUAUGAAACAUUGUCGGAUCCUAACCGGAGGGCUUUGUAUGAUAGAGAUAUGGCCAUGGGGAUCCACUUCGGUUUUUCUUCUCGUAAUCAUCUCCGCAAUGAUGAGCAUAUGGUGAAAAGCGAAUGGAGAGGCCAAUGGCAGAGUCAAUUAUCAGAGCUUCGAAGAAGAAGCAUGCACAAAGAAUAUGGUAAAAACUCAUCAUGGGCAUCCCGUAUGCGCAAGCAAAGGGAAGAAUCUUCAUCAUAGUUAUAAACAAAUCUUCAAGAUUUUGUGUAAAUUUACACCCUACUAAUUCGAAACUUAUAUAGGAAACACUGUUUUGUAUAUAGUAAAAAUUAUGUGCAAUCAAUAAGAACCCUACUCUUUUACAUGACAA